AAAGUUGUUUUUGCUUGUGAAAAGUUCUGCUCAAGUUUUAGCUAUCGAACAGCGAAAACCGCAGGUCUCUAUCUCAUUUCUAUCAAAAGUUAUUCAAAAAAGUAAGACCGACAUCGGAUUUUGAAACAGGCAGUAGUAAAAAUCCUACUUUCAGAAAAAAUCAUAGCUAAGAAGUUAAGCAACGAUAUUGACUAUACAUAGUGCGAAGUACAUUCUUUAUUUCUAAUAUUUUUUCUGUAUGUGAUUCUCUGUUAUUAUCUUUCCUUGUGUCGUAUGAACUAAAAGCGAUAGAGUGAUACACAUUGACGCCUGAUUCUGCUUUUAAAAAAUGAAAAGGAGACGUUGACUGUCGAGCCUCGUUUAAGUAUAGAAAAAGAGACAUUAAAGCGUGAAACUUAUACGUUUUAUACACAGAUAUUCAAUACUUUAAACUUUCAUAGUUUAUACACGGUUUAUUUAAAAAGAAAAUGGCGUCGAAUCGUCAACAUUAUACGGUCGAUAAAGUGUCUACUGAAUAUAAAUUCUGACAUUCAUAGGUUAUAUUCAGAUCAUUAGAUAAUGUGUCUAAACUGAUUUUCUGAUGCUUAGAAUUUUAUGGCUCUUGGUCCAAAACAUUAUCUUCUAUUUUUUUUUACACAUAAAUUACAAAAAACCUACAGCUUUUGCUUAUAAAAUAAUCCUUUUCACUCAAAAUGUUCAACAUCUCGCAAUUGAUCAACAGUUAUCUAUCUGCAAAAUAGAAUAUUCUAAAUCACCAUGCCACUUUGAGUGUAUACUGUUAUUGUGUAUACUAAAUUUGCUGCGAUUAUGGCGCCGUUUUGGCAUUUUAGCGCAGAAAAAAUAUAGGCCUCUUAGUUUAUGUAGUUCAAAAUACACCUAAAAAUAUGCCAACUUUUUUGGUUGUAUUUUUGCUUAAUUAUUAUCCAUAACAUUGAAUAGGAAUGGAGCAGGCGGUGCGAGUAGAUUACUAGGAACUGAACUCCUUUAUAAGUUACUCAAAAGAGCAUUGAAUUAUUUCUGUAUAUAUCCCGUACGGGAUAAUAUCUCGAUCAGGUUAUUUUGUAUAUCCACACAGGAAUACACACUUGUAUUUUAAAAAAUCAUGAACGGUAGACUUUUGAAUCAGGAUCAGAGCAACAUGGAUUCCGACUCAGUUUUUUAUCCGCUUUCUUAUGUCAGAGUCACUUUUCUGCAGUAACGUCACGAUUUUUGCGGUAACGAUUUUUUCCAAAAUGUUUUGCAAAAAUAUCCCGAUCAGAUAUAAAUUUUUUCCUAUAUCCCGUGCGGGAUAUAAGGUAUAUUUCAGACGGAUAUCUAUUCCGAUCAGGAUAUCGCUCGUGAGACCGGACUGCUUGAGCAGAUGAAAAAUGAAUUUUGAGAGAGAAACCUUUUGAUUCUGGAACUUCAUAGGUGUAUUCUCUAAGAGAAUGUUUUUUCGUCUUUCGUCUAAUUUGCGUAGUUUUCUUGAUUGAAGUUCUGAAAUUAAAGUUUAUGUAUGAUUUUGCAGAGUAUUUCGAGGCGCAGCAUUUAAAAAAAAUAUUAACCUUGGGGUCCUAAAGGAAUACAAGAAAAUUGGAAAAUACUGAGAAGCUCAUUUUGUCUGCCGCACUCGACAUCAGUCAGAGAGGCUCAAACUGAUCGGAUUAUCAGCGUUCACUGAGAGUUAUAACUACAAAAAUACUCGAGUCAUCAGUUCUUAUGAGUCUUCAGUUAUAGGACGUACUUUUACAUAGUAUUCUUGACAACGUCGAUGAAAAAUCUUCAAACUUUUUAUUGUUCAUUCCUUCGUGUAUUUCCAUUGCAGUUUCUCAUACACCAUUACAAAAUCAACAAACGUGUUUCACUGGAAGUGGUUUAGGUCCUCUAUCGGUCAUUACAGCUGAUUUUAAUGCGGAUAAUAUACUUGAUAUGGCUGUCACAAAUUAUUAUACUAAUAAUAUUGGCAUAUUUCUCGGUAUUGGCAAUGGAACAUUUCGAAGUCCAAAGUUAUAUUCAAUUAAUGGUAUUAAUCCAUAUUGGAUUACAGUAGCUGAUUUUAACAACGAUAAUAAAAACGAUUUAGCUGUUACCAGUGAAUUCAAUAACACUGUUGACAUAUUUAUAAAUAAUGGCAAUGGAACGUUUUGGCUUAAACAGACAUAUAGUUCGGGCGGAUUAUUACCGAGCUCGAUUGCAGCAGCUGAUUUUAAUAAUGAUAGUAUAACGGAUUUGGCUACUGCAAAUCCUGGUUCGUCUACCAUGGGUGUUUUACUUGGCAUUGGUAAUGGUACAUUUCGACCUCCAAUAAUAUAUUUAACGGACGACCACCCAACUUCGGUUGCAACAGCAGAUUUCAAUGGUGAUCACAAAUUAGAUUUAGCGAUCGUUUGUCGUUUUUCUUCUGCCGUAAACAUAUUUCUUGGUAAUGGAAAUGGAACAUUCCACAGUCCCGCUUCAUACGCAGUUGGACACAUGUGCUACCAUGUUAUAGCAAGUGAUUUGAAUGGUGAUAAUAAAAUUGAUUUGGCUGUUGCGAACAGAAAUGAUUUUACUGUUAGCGUGCUGAUUGGUAACGGUGAUGGAACAUUUCAAUCACAACAAACAUAUUCCGCUGGAGAUGGUGCGUCAGGUGUGGCCAUAGCUGAUUUGAACGGAGAUAAUAUAAUUGAUUUAGCUGUUGAAAAUUCCUUGAAUAACUCUAUUAGUAUAUUGUAUGGUAAUGGUGAUGGGACGUUUCGGGCGAAUCAGUUACAUCCCGUUGGUGCUAGUCCACAGUCAAUUAUAGCUGGCGAUUUCAAUGGUGACGGGAGACCUGACUUGGCAGUGCCAAAUAUGAAUGAUAACACUAUCAGUAUUUUAUUAACAUAA